AUGGCUGCUGAAUGUAGAUUCACCAUAGUUGGGCGAUUCCUAAAACCUAGGCCCCAAAUCGACCGCCUCCGAUCAAGCUUCAAAGAGCUGAUUACACUGAGAACGACGGCAAAAAUUGGAGUCUUCGAUACCUUCAAUGUCUUCAUCGACUUCUACAACGAAGAGGACUUCAACUCAGUCUGGUUUAGGAGAGUGAUUGACAUCGAAGGCCAACAGAUGUGGUUACAGAAGUGGUCUCCGGAUUUUAAGCCGGAGGAGGACCUGCUAGUUGCUCCGGUAUGGGUUCUCCUCCCUACUCUCCCAUUUCAUCUCCACCACUGGCAUUACAUGAAACAAAUUGUUAGUAAUAUUGGAACUCCUCUUGAACUUGACAUGGCCACCAAAAGCAGAACAAGGCCGAGCAUGGCCAAGAUUAGGGUCGAGAUAGACUUGCUUAAAACGCUUCCGGAUAAAAUAUGGAUUGGUAUGGAAUAUGAGAAUGCCCCUCUUAAAGGAUUCUAUCAAAAGGUUGAAUACGAGGGAAUCCCCAAGUAUUGCAAACAUUGUCGGAAGCUGGGACAUGUGUUAGCUAACUGCAGGAUUCUUGAACGGAAACAAGCUACUCAAACCAAAAAUGAGGAUGCUAAUGUGGGUAGCAACAUAGGUGGAAAGCAUGCCAACCGGGAUGAAAAUGUUAACAAGGUCCAGCCUGUGACGCAAAAUAGCAACAACAGCACAAACACUGUCUCUAACCACAACGAGGGGGAUCAACAAAGAGACAAGAACAACAAAGGUGAAGAGGAACAGGGUGCUCUGGCAGCUGUCUCUGUAGCAAAACCUGGAAAGAAAAAAAAAAUAGACAAAAAAAGUAUGCCCACCAGGAAACCUAGUGUUCUUCUGAAGAUUAUUCAAUCUACUAAAAAGAAGAACAAAAAGAGGAAGGCUCGGAAGAUCCAAGAACGAGGUCUGCUCAGCAAAGAACAGGAUGAAGUUGGGAACUCUAAGUCACACUUCAUCACAGAUGCUAAGGACACGGCUGUAGAUCAGGUUCCUUGUCUCAAUGAUGGUCGAACCAGUGAUCAAUCCACACAACUUGAAGGGGAAUCUGCCAGGGUCCCUCCCGAUAUAAGGAACCUACCAGCUAUUAACCUCAUUGUGGAUCUUGACGUUGGACCAAUAUUUAAUGACGUUACGGAGGAGGAUGCCCAUCAGGAUCCUCGGACAAAUGGAAACAACAAGAAGGACCUACAACAAGAGGAAUUACAACAAAUACAUAGUCAGCAGCGGAUUGAUGUUACCUCUCCUAGCAGAGUGGUCGUCACGAUACCUGAAGAUCAGCUCCAAAUUGUAGCAAUAGCCAAAGACAACAAUGAUAGUUUUUCCCCUGUAGUGAAAAGCAACUCCAAACAGAGGAAGAACAACAAGAAAAACAAAGGGGUUAAGUCCAAGAAAGCCAUACAAAGACUAAAGAAACUCAUUUACAUCAACAAAGUGGAUCUCACGGUUAUUAUGGAGCCCUUUGUUAGCAUGAACAAAAUCAACAGAUACAUGAAGUAUCUAGGAUAUCAACAUUGUAUUUCCAAUCCGAAUGGCAAAUUAUGGAUUUUUUGGAAUGGAGAUCACCAAACCGUGGUGGUUGAUAGUACUGACCAGCAAAUUACGAUUAAAAAGUUCUAUAUCCCCUUAAAUUGCGAUCUGUUUAUCACUGCUGUGUAUGCUAAAUGCACCCCGAGUGAAAGACAAGAUUUGUGGGCUGACCUUAUUAAUGUUCAUAAUAAGAUUCAAGGUCCUUGGUGCAUUGGAGGCGACUUCAAUGUUAUUCUGGAUCCAGACGAGAAACUAGGUGGUAAACCUCACAGGAUGGGUAACAACUUUGAUUUCAGCACCUGCAUGGACUCUUAUGGGGUCACUGAUCUUGGCUUCGUAGGUCCAAAAUUCACUUGGUGUAAUAACAGAAAGCCAAGAGCAAGAAUUUGGAAGCGACUUGACAGAAUGUUUAUCAAUGAUAAAUGGGCCCAGAUCUUUCAGCACAAUCGAGUGAAGCAUCUAGUGAGGACAGGGUCGGAUCAUAGACCCCUGCUUACUACAUGCCAUAAUGAUUCCGAGGGAGGUACAAAAUAUUUUAAAUUCUUAGAUUUUUGGGCUGACCAACCUACAUUCACUCAGAUAUUACAACAGUCCUGGAAUACCAACAUCAUCGGCAAUCCCAUGUGGAGGCUUCAGUCCAAGUUGAAAAUUCUUAGUAAGAACCUCAGUACAUGGUCCAAAGAGGUUGUAGGCAACGUAUAUGACCAAGUCAAAGACUGGGAAGAUAAAUUGCAUCACUUGGAAGAACAAGAUAUUAACCAAAACAGUGAUCUGUCCAGAGAAGAGCUUAACAAAGGGCAGGCUGAAUACACUAGAUGGAUGGGUCUCCAAGAGUCCUUACUUAAGCAGAAAUCUCUAGUUGACUGGUUCGAGGAAGGUGACUGCAAUACUAGAUACUUUCAUAGUGUCAUUAGAGAGAGGAGAAGGAAACUUCAUAUUCACACUAUCAAAGAUCAUCACGACAAUUGGACUCAGGGAGAUGACAACAUUGCAAAUGCUGCGGUCCGUCAUUUUAAGCAUCUUUUCAACAUUCCUCACCAGUAUAAGGACACCAACAUUACUGAUUGUAUACCGAAGAUAGUCACUGCUGAGGAUAACAAAAUCCUUACCUCUAUCCCUGAUAUCGAGGAGAUUAAGACUGCCGUCUUUAGUCUAAGUGCUUCAAGCUCGCCGGGACCUGAUGGUUACAAUGGUACCUUUUAUCAGAAGUGUUGGAAUAUCAUUAGCAAUGAUGUCAAGGACUUUGUUCAAAGCUUCUUUCAGGGCAAAAAGCUUACCAAAUUAUAUUCUCAUACUUGCCUGGUGCUCAUCCCAAAAAUCACACCCCCCUCCUGUUUUUCUGAUCUUCGACCCAUCAGCCUCACUAACUUUUCUUGCAAAAUAAUUUCUAAGAUUCUCUCGAAUAGGCUUAGCCCCAUGCUGGAUAAAAUAAUCUCUGAGAAUCAGAGUGGAUUUGUCAAGGGCAGGCUUAUCACAGAGAACAUUUUACUUGCUCAAGAGAUUGUUCACGAUAUUAAGAAGUACAACAAGGGUGGGAACAUGGUUAUCAAACUAGACAUGGCUAAAGCUUACGAUAGGAUGUCAUGGGACUUCCUUAUCACAGUUAUGAAAAAAUUUGGGUUCUCUGAUAAAUGGCUAAUGUUUGUUGGGAACUUGCUAGCUGGAGUAUGGUAUUCUAUUAUUAUUAAUGGCAACAGGAAUGGCUUCUUCACUUCAACCCAUGGUCUCAAACAAGGUGACCCUCUUUCUCCCUCUCUUUUCAUUAUAGGUGCAGAAGUUCUCUCCAGAUCCCUCAACAGGCUUAAUCAAAAUAGCAACUUUAGUCCAUUUACCAUGGACACGAGAGGCCCCAUUAUCAAUCAUCUCGCAUACGCGGACGAUAUUGUUAUUUUCUGCGGGGGUAACAAUAAAUCCAUUAAACUAAUCAAGCACCAGAUCCAGAGGUAUGAGAGAGCGUCAGGCUAUAAAAUCAACGACAACAAAAGCUUCUUCCUCACGGCGCCUAAUACUUCGGCUUUCAGAAUUAAUAGGAUGAGAAGGAUGUCAGGUUACAUGGAUAAAUCGUUCCCUUUCACUUACUUGGGGUCCCCCAUUUACUGUGGAAGGAAAACUUAUAGUCUUUUUAAUGGUAUGCUUGCUAAUAUUGUAAAGAGACUGAAUGGUUGGCAGAGCGGCAUGCUUUCCUUUGGGGGGAAGGUGGUCCUCAUCAAACAUGUUCUCCAGUCUCUUCCAGUCUACAUCAUGUCUGCUAUGAAUCCUCCGAAAGGAGUUAUCACUCUUAUGGAAAAACAUUUUGCUAAUUUCCUAUGGGGCACCACUGAGGGAAAGAAUAAGUAUCAUUGGGCUUCUUGGGAAAAUCUUUGCCUCCCGAAAGACGAGGGGGGAAUUGAGGUAGCUCAGGAUAUAGCACAGGUCGACAUUGGUGACCGGGAGGAGCCAGACUUCCCUGUUUGGCAACCAACAGAGGAUGGAAUAGUUUCCAACAAAAGCGCCUGGAUGCCAACAUAUGAGACCAUCCAACAUUUUUUUGCUGAAAGUGAAGCUGGCCGACAUCUUUGGAAUUUCUUUGGCAAUCCUUUAGGAAUUCGGCACACAAUCCAACCUAUGGUGGGAAUUUUCAACAGAUGGUGGAAUACUAACAACUCUAACAUUGUGCACAAACUUCUAUUGCAGAUAACACCUGCUAUCAUCUGCUGGGAACUAUGGAAGCAGAGGCGCUCCUGUAAAUAUGGCAAUCAAAGGCAAAUCUUGAUGGGCAGGAUGCAAUAUCAAGGGAUCUGGACUAUCAAAGCGGCUCUGAGCAACCUAUAUCCCCCCAUCAAAGAUAUUAAUCACUGGCCUACUAUAUGCAGUAUAGUAGAAAGGUUGAAGCCUAUCAGAAAAUGGUGGCAGGUCAUGUGGGAAAAUCCUAUGCCGGGAAAUAUAAAAGUAAACACGGAUGGGAGCUACCUAAUAGACAGCGGCAAAGCAGGUAUAGGCGGUAUAGUGAGAAAUAGUCAAGGCGAGCUGAUUAUGGCCUUCUCCAAGUCGGUUCAAAGCAGCAUCAACAAUAGUGCUGAAGCGUUGGCAGCCGAGUUUGGUGUGAAAUGGUGCUACCAUCAGGGAUACACUAAUUUCACCCUGGAACUUGACUCCAUGGUGAUAGCCAACAUGAUCAACAAGCAAGACUCAAGUAACGCGAAGCUCAAACAGACCGUAAACAACCUGCUACGACUCCAGAGACAAACCAACUUUCAAGUAAAGCAUUGCUUCAGAGAAGGCAACCAGGUUGCGGACAGUUUGGCCAAACUUGCAUCGGCCAGUGACCAGAACUAG